CUUUCAACAAAUAUGGCUUAUUACUACAACCCAUCUUUUUUCUUCUUCUUAUUUGUCACUUUGUUUUUAACAAGUGAUUAUGUUAUUCAAUCAGACGCUCGUCAUCUUCUUGAAAUAACUCUACCUGAACUGCCACAUUUACCUGAAAUCCCAACUUUGCCUAAGCUUGAAUUCCCUGAAAUUCCAAAACCUGAGCUACCAACUCUACCAAAGCCCGAACUGCCAAAAAUCCCAAAGCCAGAGUUACGAACAUUGCCAAAACUCGCGAUACCUGUUAUUCCUAAGUCUGAAUUACCAACUUUGCCAAAGCUAGAAAUACCUCAAGUACCUAAAAAGCCUUGA